GGCGGACGGAUCUGGCCUGCUGGCUGACGCAGUACAGCGCAGAUGAGUUGAAGCUGCAGCCUUUGAUUGCGGUGAUAUGGGUUUACAAACAGUCCGUCCGUAUCUCAGUCGUUUUGCCUUAGGGUUUGCUUUAGGACUUCCAGUAGCUGUGACAUUUGUAGAGAACGUUGGGAGUUUAAAGGGAGUUCAUGGUAUCUCAAUGCAAGUAAGUGGGUAUAUAUAUCAAGCUUAAUUAAGCUUUUUUGAUUUAGCUUAGGGGCUGACCAUUUGACUUUUUUAUGGGUGAUUUGGUUUGGGUAAGAAUUUCAUUUUUCCCAAACCCCUGGUGAUAUAAUUUUUUUUCUAGACAUACAACGGUGUAAGAAUUUUUUUCCAGCAUACGACAUGAAAGAUAUUUUUUUCGCUAGAUAUUUCCGUGCAAGAAUCUUUUCCCUCGAAAACAUGCAGAAUUUUUUUUCUCAAAUCACCCAUACCCACCCCCCCGCUCCCUUCAAAAGUCAAAUGAUUGUCCCAUUAGCCCCAAACUUACAUUCUUUUAUUUUUCGAUCAACGAUAGCUAAAGAUUUGGCGAGAGUCAAGCGUCACAAAUCGUUCAGUCUGUUUUAGCCUGAAAUCACAGGCAGACCACCCUCUGUUAGUGGGGCCACUGUUGACUGAAAUCUGAGCAUCAAUCUUUUGAUAUUUAUAGAAGAAAAACAGAUGAACAAGAGGGUGGUUAUAAUUUGCUCCAAAGUGCAGAUUUUAAUUCAAAUGUUUCAAUAAAAGCUUGAAGAAAAUGUGCCGUGUGUCAUAAAGAAGGAGACUAUUAAAGGCAUGCAGCAAUCAGCUGCUGGCACAUGACUUGGUCCACUCUAAGCUUGAACUGACACCAAACUGUUAAAUUUCUUACUUCGAAAAUGUUGGCUUCUGAUCCACUAGACAUGUCUCCAUGCCCCAAGUGAGAGCUCAAUCUCUCCAAAAUUUCUCAACAAAAGCAAUCUUGAAGUUGCAAGACCAGCUUUCUCAACAUGAUCAGUGCAAAAUUCUCAACCAAAGGCAUUUGAGGUGUGCACGUCAAUCCAAAUCCACCCGUCUGCAGGGCAGGGUUGGGUUUUGAACCGACAACAGUCGUAAUACACUGAUUGUUGGAUUUGGCAGCUUGGUCACCUGGAAGACCUAUGUUUCUCCAGACAGUGUAUAGUUUCAUGGACAUCUCUCAUCAGAGGGAUAACACCUGCCACAUAACAUGGCAAUGUAACCAUAAAAGUUAAUUUUCUCUUACUUUUAUCUACAGCCAACACUAAAUCCAAAACCUCACUUUAAAGGUGAUGUAGUGCUUGUGAACAGCUGGGCUGUGAGAUAACACCUGCCACAUAACAUGGCAAUGUAACCAUAAAAGUUAAUUUUCUCUUACUUUUAUCUACAGCCAACACUAAAUCCAAAACCUCACUUUAAAGGUGAUGUAGUGCUUGUGAACAGCUGGGCUGUGAGGCGAUUUGAAGGAAUCGGCAGAGGAGAUAUUGUAACCCUCAUGUGAGUGAAUUCUGAGUUCUGUCAGAGUUUGCUUGAUCUUUGCCUACCUUUUGGAGGUUUCUAACUUUUUGAAGAAGCUGUGAGAGCUACUGAGGUACAUUAAGGUGUCACUUUGAGACAAUAAGGCAUUUCCCCAUUCCUCCAUUUGCAGUGUUUUGUUUGAGCUUAGCAAAUCAGGGCCUAACUUCCAAAAGCCUUGACCUUGUUAAAUUACAGAACUUGUGUGCCUUUUCACUCCUAAGAGCACACAAUAAUUAGUCAAAAUUGACAAAAAUUUACAUUUGUGGUAAUAUACGUACAAUUUGAGUUUCAUAGUAUUCCCAAGAACUACCAGUAAUAAAACAGUGGUAAUACUGGUGAAAGGGUUCUUAUGUAUACAUGUAUGAUAACAGAAAAAUGUGAUACAUACUGUUCUGGUCACUUUGAUAAACAAAAGGUUGAAAAUCAUACAUUCAUCUGCAGGUGUAUGAAAAAAAAUGGUGAUUUACAUAGAGGACCUUUCAGCUGCUAUUUUUUUAUUAGUACUGGAUAAUGUGAGAUACAGGUGUACAGGUUAAAGACUGUAAGACACUAACAUUGUUGAGCAGGGUUGUCACUAAGAUUUCAAGUUGCCUGGGUAAAUACAAAAAGUGGGCAUGAAAUCAAACAGCUACAAGUAUCUUUUGAUUCUAUUUUUCUUAAAUUUUCCUUUGAAAGUAGUUGCAGGCCACAUUCAUUGUAGCUGGGGAAAAUCCCUGGCCGCCGCCCCUUAAUGACAACCCAGGUUGAGUGUUGAAUACCAUUUCACAAAAAAACUAUCUCCUUUUUGACUCUUUUAAAAGUGAUCCUUCAGACCCGGAUGCUGUUCUUAUAAAGAGAGUCAUAGGUGUGGAAGGGGAUCAUGUAAAGUAAGUAAAUCAAACAAUCCAGUAGCCUUUAACCUCUUCAAUGUAUUAUUAAACAGUGGAGGCAUAAAGCCUUCUAAUCUACCAAAGAAAUAUGCCUAUGCCUAUAGGUUGAAAUAGUCUAUUGCUACAAAACCAGCUUAGGGCGUAUCGUGGGAUCCACUGUAAUUGGCUAAGUUGCAAUGGUCUCCCUGCAUAAUAAUUUUAUGUCUAUAAGCAUUUUUUUUUCUAGUUAGGCAAAGCUAGAAAAACAAAUGAAUUUUUUAAAAAUAAAUAAUACAUAAAUAAAUAUCUUGUCUUUAGAAGGCUAUGCCAAUCUGGCACUAGAAUAAAACAAAGAGACGACCCAAGUUGUGUCUUGGAGCAGCAGCAAACUUUCAGUAACAGCAUACAAAAACACUCUUUCUUAUCAUCAAACCACAUUCAUUCACUUGCAGUCUGCAACUCACGGUGUCUACUUUGACUCUCAUCUAAGUAGACAAAGUCAGUCUCCUGCAGUAUAUAAGGUGUCGAGUCGAGUCACCUUCUUUAAAGUUAAGAGUCUUAAGUUAUAUCCCUGUCUUAUGCUACCGUCUUCUCUUUUUCUAAGGAGGGAGUGUGGAAUGGUCAGUGUUUCCUACUCACAAUGAGAAGGUCCACAAGUACAAUUCUUGCCCUGACCACUAGCUCAAUUUGUUUCUCAGAUAGUCCCAAAGUUCACCUGGGAAAGUUAAAUUCCUAUAUCACACUAUAUGGACUAACAAAUGCUCGGUAGCCAGCUUGUUUUUCCAAGCCAGUCCAGGCUUUUUUUGUUAUCAUGUUGCAUGAAUAUUUGACUUUGAUUAAAGGUUAUGUUGAUUAUCUGUUUGUGAUUAUUUAAUUAAAAGUGUCAUUGAAGUGGCUGUAAACUAGAAUCUGUAGAAUAAAACACCUAAUUAAGUAUUGCUUUUACAAAGCUCUAGAUUAAAAAAAAAGUUACAGUUAACUUAUUUAAUUGUUUGCUUACUUUUUUCACAUUUUACAGAACUAUAAGCUACAAGAAGAAGAUUGUACAUAUUCCAGCAGGUCAUUGCUGGGUUGAAGGAGAUAAUCAUUCACACAGUCAUGACAGCAACUCCUUUGGCCCGGUGAGUUGUUGUAUAAACUGAAUGUCAAAUGGCAGUGGUCCACUUAGUGUGAAAGUAAGCUCUCUAGUUUAAAUGGUUUACAUGUUCUUGAAAAGUUGGAGUUGUGUCCUUGAAUUCUACAGUUUUCUGGGAAGUUGAUAUGAAUUUUUCUAUCCUAUAAAUUUGUCUAUUUAUUUUACAUGUAUUCCAUUUCAUUCUAUUUUUGUAGGUGUCGCUGGGUCUUAUUCAGGGGAAAGCUACUCACAUUGUAUGGCCACCAGGGAGGUGGCAAAAACUAGAAACAUUUUCACCAGAGGGACGGCUAGACUCUGAUAAAAUAUCUACCCAGUAUGAAUCAAGGAAUGCAAAGGAUCUUCCCAAUAAUGUGGAUACAACAGUGAAAAGAGAUGGAAUAACAUGCAGUGGUUCUACAGCUGGCUCUAGUCGAACUCAUAAUAAGUUUGAGGAGAAAAGUUCUGUUACAGAGAUAAUUUGUGGACCUGUUAGAUGA